GAACGGACGAGCCUCCUCAGUCGCUCUGCGCGCUUCCUGCCGCUAGGUCGGGUCUCCCGGAAAGUCAUCGGCGCUGCAAUCUCCGGGACGCGCUCUGUAUACGGCACUGCGUGCGUGCGUGUUGCCGUCCGGCUACUGGUCUCGUCAGCUAUGGCAGCUGCGGUCGCUGGCCGCCUUACCAGCAGCGGGUAGUGUGGCAACCACCCUCCGACAGAAAUUCGCUGCCCUUAGGAGCACCGCCCCCUUUUCUUCGACAAGUAUUUGACACUUUUACCGUGAAGAUUGAGAUACUUUCCCACACUCAGUGACAAUUUCAGUACUGAGAAGAACUUGAAGCGCCAUUUACUGACGCUGAUUUUAUAAAAAAAUAAACUUGCCAACAAAUUCUUGCCGAUAUGGGAAUAUCUGCAGCAGUCAUCCUACAGUUUGUCGCCACGAUGUCGGCUGUCGUGUGGGCGAGAGGUGCCAUCGGUUCGAGGGGAGUUUCUAUGGACGCUGCGACUGUGGCGCCGCACUUCCUGUCGCACGGCCAGACUUUCCGCUCGGUGGUUGGCGACACGCUCGUACUGCCGUGCGAAGUCGAAGACCUCGGGGACUACGUGCUGCUGUGGCGGCGCGGCACGGCCGUGCUGACGGCGGCCACGCUGAUGGUGACGCGCGACCCGCGCUUCCGGCUGGUGGACGGCUACAACCUGCAGAUCAGCGACGUGCGGCCGCAGGACGCCGGCGACUACGGCUGCCAGAUCAGCGAGAACGCCGACCGCACCCAGAUCCACACCGUCGAGAUUCUCGUUCCGCCGAGCAUCCGCAUGUCGCCAGCGGACGGAGAGCUGAAGGCGCGGAAGGGUGGCACAGUGACGCUGGAGUGCAAGGCUUCCGGCAACCCCGUGCCCAGCAUCAUCUGGACCAGGAAGGAUAACACCCUGCCGACAGGAGAAAAGUCCGUUGAGGGCUUCAGCAUUACGCUGGAGAAAAUCGACCGGCACCAAGCGGGCGUGUACCAGUGUACGGCCAACAACGGGGUCGGCGACCCUGUCACCGUCGACAUGACGCUGGAUGUCCUCUAUCCACCUGAGAUCGAGGUAGAGCGCAGUUGGGUUCACUCUGGUGAGGGCUACGAAGCUCAGCUCGUCUGCAUCGUCCACGGAGAACCGCAGCCGGAGGGUCAUACAUUGCAGUCAUCACCGUCCAGCCGUAGCGUCCACUGUAAAACCUGUCUCCACAACCCCAUUCGGCUGAUGUGGUACCAGGACAACCUGAUGCUGGACCCCACGGAGCGCCGCUCCAUGGAGACACGUGGCAACAAACACACGCUGACCAUCCGAGACGUGCAGGCCACCGACUUCGGCAACUACAGCUGUGUCGCGGAAAACUCCCUCGGCCGCGCAAAGAAGUACAUGGAACUCUCGGGGAGGCCGGGCCCAGCCCAGUACCGCAGUUCGCCCUUCGGCCGUUCCUGGGACAGCUACAACCUCACUUGGCAGGUCGAGAGCUACCCGCCGCUCGAGGAGGUGCGAGUGCUCUACCGUCGCCUCAUGGUGAACGACACGUACAACCAGCCGGACAAGUGGCAUGACAUCUCGCUGCGGCCGCCACAGGACUCGGACACGUUCACCCACGUCAUGUCGUACAACAUUCGCGGCCUGAGCCACGGCUCCAUGUUCGAGGCUAUCGUGCAGGCCAAGAACCGGUACGGCUGGAACGAGGUGUCCGACAUGUUCCAGUUCCACACCAGGGGCGCCGGUGAGCAUCGCCUCCAGGCCUACGGAAUCGAACCUGAAGUCCAGGACCUGGGACUCAUCGCAAACGCCAACAGCGAAGCGGCUCCUCUGUGGCACCGGCUGGGUGCAGCAGUCGUCCUAAUGGGUGCCGCGUGCUCUCUGAUCCUUGUAUAGCAGGUAAACACGUAAGGUGGAAGAUCCAUAGUUACCACAGCGGGGCGACCGCGGCUGGCGCUGGUCAACUACGUGUUCUCUCCCACCGCCGCCGGCCGCCGCUGCCUGCAUCCAUCUACUUGUGCAUAACGGCGACACUUCGCAGUACCUAACCAGAGUGGUGUUUACUUUCUCGUCGAGUGCUGAAUCGUAUGGCUUAGGAAGACAAUAACAGUGUCGUCUGAAUCGUAAAAGUUGUGAACCUCCAUUUGUCAGACUAACAGUGUACCCAAAAUAUUUCUGCAGAAAGUGGAAGAAUUGUAUCAUCUGUAAUCCAAGAACGACAAAAGUGUUUUAGCAAAAAUAGCUUUUCUCCGUCUUUAAUUUAGUAGGUUUUUGCAUGCUACGUCAUACACUCCCUGGGCAA